UUCCGAACCCGCCAAAUCUCAAAUCCUACGAAGUAAUCUGAAGCUUUUGUAUAUACUAUCUAUAUCUCUAUAUAUACUGGAAUCCUCUCCAAUUGUAAAUAGACUUCGAAACCGAACGAAAACCCUCGAUCUAGGGAGUUCUUCUCUAAUUGUUCCGAUCAGCUCAGAUCUGUUCAACCAUGUCUGGCCGCGGAAAGGGAGGAAAGGGUCUGGGAAAGGGCGGUGCGAAGCGUCACCGCAAGGUUCUGAGAGACAACAUCCAAGGAAUUACCAAGCCGGCGAUUCGGAGGCUGGCGAGGAGAGGCGGUGUGAAAAGGAUUAGCGGGUUGAUUUAUGAGGAAACCAGAGGAGUCCUCAAGAUAUUCCUGGAAAAUGUGAUUCGUGAUGCUGUUACCUACACAGAGCACGCCAGGAGGAAGACGGUUACCGCCAUGGAUGUGGUCUAUGCUCUGAAGAGGCAAGGCAGGACCCUGUACGGAUUUGGGGGCUGAUCUUUGUAUGGAUGGGGAUCUGAUUUUAGCUUUGUUGUUGUGGUCAUCGUCUUGAUUAUGAAUCUGGUGUUAUUAUCUUCGUUUGUUAAUCGUUUCAUAGUCAAGCAUUAGGUACUCUUACUAUUGAAUUUAAUGAAAGUUCAUUUGGAAUUUAUAUUUUUUUUGUUUAGAGUUUCAUCAAUUUGAUUUUUGCUGUUGUGAAUGUCGUCCUAGUACAGUUUAAGGAUGUUUUUACUCGGA